CACUGGUUAACAGGUCUGCGACCGAGGAGCCGCCAGUUCUUUUGCAUUAUCAUCUCCGGUGUGCCGUGCCCUCUGUGUUCUCAUUAGGAAACCGGAGCCCCGCAGUGCUGAGAUUGAUAUAUCGGGGACUCUUUUCUGUGAGAAUAAUUUAGCCUCUAUUCCCGGGCUGUUCUGUGGCGCAACAGAGCGCCGUGUCCGCGCCUCAGCCUGACCAGUCUGGUUGAGGCUGCUCAUCUGGCAGCAGGUGGUGUGACAUGUUGACCGGGGAAGUCACCCGCUUCUCCCCGUGAUUGUCAAAUAACAGUGAGUUAAGGUGCUCGCUCCGGACGUUAGAGGUGACAGAAAAGUGACAGCGACAGUCAGUCACUCGGAAUGCUUGGCCAAUCUCCUCACCUUAUCGGAGGCAUCUUGUGGAUCCAGAAUCCAAUGAGAGCUGUUCACUGCAACCUGAGCCAGAAUGGCAUCGACCACCAGAUGUGCCCGGAAGACGUCACGUCACAGCUGGAGGAAGAGGAGGAGUCAGUGGACGUGGGGUCUGUGCUGCUGGACGACGAUAGCCCGAGCUACCAGGACAUCAGCCCCCCCAUGUACCAGCGCCAUGCGCCGCCACACCGCUCUGUCUCGGAGUCUGAGCUGUCACGGCCAGGAUAUGUGAAGCUGUCCAAGCCAGUGGCCCUGUGGACCCAGCAGGACGUGUGCAAAUGGCUGAAGAAACACUGUCCCAAUCAGCACCAGAUCUACAGCGACUCCUUCAAACAGCACGACAUCACAGGGCGGGCUUUGAUGAGAUUGACAGACAGAAAACUGGAAAGAAUGGGUAUCAUGCAGGAUGCCCAAAGGCAGCACAUCCUGCAGCAGGUCCUGCAGCUUCGCGUCCGGGAGGAAGUCAGGACCCUUCAACUUCUCACACAAGCCUCUCUGGAGUGCACUCCAUCUUCACCAUAGCCUGACGGAGAAGGACUACCCAGUCACGAAAAGGCGCAGACGCCCACCGCCUUGCCAACAUCCACCCAACAUGAUCCUCAGACUUCUUCGUGGAACAAUGACAGCUCUCUGCCUCACGCCUUUGCUCUCCGCCCUGGUCUUCUCCAAAGACGAAUCUGGAAAGAACUCGGGCCUUCUUCCCAGCAACUCCUGAGAAGCUCCCACGAGUUCUGACUUGCUGUUUCCUCACAGUCCAAACAAUUCAUCACAGCUUCCUGGAAUCUGACCAAUACUUUCCAUUACAGACGUCCCAUCUCCAGACAUUUAUGACCUUUGCAGCCAAGCCUCCACCAGAUCUCUCACGCUAUAUAACUCCUACACUCCUCUCAGACAUCGCUUCACUCCCUCUCCCUCAAGAACCACAUCAACAGCCAAGCCCUCCUAACGAUCAUCUACCCAGAAUUCAGCAGUUGACUUGGCUGGGUUUACCUAAAAGCAUUUAAACACAACGAUAAUCUCCACACCGUUGCAUGUGUAUUUUCUCCCAUGAGUACUCUUGUGGUGCACUGCUGAGCCUGUCUCUGCCCUACUAAGGACUUUCAGUAGUGGCAGCAACAUAAUGACUGUCUACAGGACCACUACUACACACCUCUCCUACCUUUAUCCCUCCUCCUUUUCCCCUAACAGACUACAACCGCAAAGUGUUGAGAUAUUUUACACCACCAUGUGUGUGUUUUGUGCUCUUUCUCUCUCUCAUUCUGUGCAUAGAUCCUGUAAACGAUGUUUGACAACGCCUGGCGAAGCAUCAGUAUCUCUCCUCACUUUUUGCCCUCUCCAUAUUGUGGAUCAUUCUCUUAGGGUAGAUAGUAAGCCUGAGAGAACUUCACUGUGAAAACAACCAACAGUUAGUAAGGGAAUAAACACUGAACCUGGCAUCACAUUAGGUACGGUUAAGUUGGCUCCCUGAAAUGAACAACAUCUUUGUAAAAAAGCAAUCUGAAGGAGAUGAAGCAGAACCUGAGAAAAAAAGGGAUGAACUACGAGAAGGAAAUUCCCUCGGUGUCCCUAAAAGCACCAUGCUAGUAGGUAAACGGAAACAAAGGGAAAGGGAGUGGCUGAAAGGAGCAAGAAAAGUAAAAAGGGCUUCGUGAACUGAGAGAUAUUUGACUUGAAAUUCUUUACUGCUUUAAUGAGGAGAGAAAAAGAAGAAAAGACAUCACAGAUAACAAAAGAAGAGCCUUUUCAUUUCCUCCCCUCUGUAUCACCGACUCUUUAUUGCUUUGUCUGCUUUCCAUCUCACUGCUUGAAACUAUUUUUAGAUGAGAUAUAUUGAAAAUAGUGUAGAAAGGAGACGUGCUGUGCACAGAAGCUCAUCAUGAAAAUGUUGUCUGUCAGUCUAUUAGGAAGAUACACUGUUCUAUUUAUCUCUGAUGAGAAACUCAAAUCUCUGUCGAUGUGAAUAAUGGCCACUCACUGUUGAUAUUGUAGGUAUUUUAACUGCACUUAAAAGGACAUGUGUCUGUCAUGAAACGUAACUACUGUUACUCGGACCAUCGUCAUCUUCUUCACUAUGUCUAUGAGUGUAAAUACAUUAUAAAAUCUUGUAGCCAGUAUAAUGACCUCUUAAUAUCAGCAGCUAAUUUCAGUGUACUGGAGUGAUAUUUAUCAAAAGCUCAUAUUCACGCCAGUGAAGCAUGACCCGUUGUCAUGGUAACAAAAUAUUUCCUUCCCUGCAUGGGAGCUGUCAAUCAGAGGAGCAUAAAAUAGGUGCUGCGGUAGGAGUUGGAAGAAAAAACGGGGUCAGAGUUGGACCCUUAGAGCCAUUGCGUUUAAAUGGGAUUCCAUUUGUACACUGGUCCCUCUGUCUACAUCCAUUCACUGUUUGGAUAGCAGCUGUAACCUAAUGCAGCAAAGACCCGUGAGCAGAUUGAAUAGUAUUGAUCAGUUCUUCUGGACAUACAGUCGGUCCUGCAGGAUUACAAAAGCCUCAAGGGGUGUGUGUGUGUGUGUGUGUGUGUGUGUGCUGACAGUCACAUAGGAAUAGAGUUGUUCGGGCUAAAACACAAGUGGCUAUUUCAUGGUCGGCUGGAGAUGCCUUGUCCAUGUCUGUCAAGGCCACCAGGAGGAAGGGGAGGGCUGAAGCUUCUGUUAAGUUUGAAACUCCUCGAGUUUGAGAUCUGGAUUCAUUUAUGCAAACGACACUUCCUGUCUCUAUAAUAUCACUAUUUUCAAGGAUAUAACAAAUUGAUAUUGAUGAAGAUAUUUUAAAAAUAAUUUUAACCCUUAUAGUAUUAAAGGAGCAGUUUGUCAUUUUGACUUAUUUGCUGAGAUGAGAGGAUUAAUUCUACUCUUAUAGAUGUAGCCUAUGCUAUUAAGCAAUUAGCUUAGCUUAGCAGUUACAGUUUUUUUGUAUGACCUUGGCAUUGUCAGGCUCUUAUGUAGAAAUAAAAAUAUGUUUCUUUGCUCUCUUGCGAAGAGUGAGAUGAUAAGUUCAAUAUAACUCUUAUUUGCCCGGUAAAUAUAAAGCUUACCUUAGCCUAGCAUACAGACUGGAUCAAAAAAGUUUAACGGUAACAAAAUCCGCCUACUAGCACCUAUGAAGCUGUUUAAUCUGUACAAGAACCAACAUGCGAAAAUGACAAACAAAUUAGAUCUAACAUGUUUAUUUGUAAGUUUUAGAGUUGCUAGAAACUAGAUUUUGUUACCUUUAGACAUAGUCAAGAAAGCUAUUUCCCUGUUUCCAGUGUUUAUGCUAGGCUAAGCUAACCGGCUGCUGACUUUAGCUUAAAAUUUUUCUGACAGACAUGAGUCAUAUCAAUACUCUCAUCUAACUCUUGCGAUGGGCAAAUAUAAGCAUAUUUCCCAAAAUGUCAAACUAUUUCUUAAAGUUAAAUUCCAGGUUUUGCUCAGAUAUGGUCAGAAGCAUUCACAUUUGCACAUAAGAGCCUGACAAAACCAAGGUCCACGCAUUUCCAAAAUCUAGAGGGGAAAGAACACAAGGCUGACUUCUUGUGAUCUUACAGUAUAUGAAGCACUUGCAUGUAAUUUCAUCAUAUUUUUGAUUGUGGCCCUGUAAAGAAAGUACUGUGUCUGUGUUCUAACUCAGUUGUAAUUCUGCUCUUCAGCGUGGCUGUAAAGGACUAUUGAAAGCUUUUGUAACAAAAUGGAUUCCUUUACUCUCAAAGCAUCUUUUGAAAUUAUUAUUUUUCAAAAUUCAUGCAGUCUAACUUUGGGUCAAGACCUACAUUUGCUUGCAGGCUCUCCACUACAUAACAAAUGUAGCAGUGUGUUUUAGUGAUCCAUAUCCCAGGCUACAGCACCGUAAUAACCCUGGGUCUAGGCAGUAAAAUAUUGAUUCCCAGAGUAUGCUCGCUUUCUACUUGCAGCGAGGGAAUAGAUUUUCCUCUAGAGGCACGAGGGAAACUUUCCACUGUAUUUCUGGUUGUGAUAUCCAGGUAUAACCAGCUUGAGAUCUGGCUACUGUGCCAAGAUGUCCGAGAACUUGCCUGAACUGGCUCAGCCCAUAGUCUCCCAGUACCUGUAAGAGGUUUGGCACGCACUCAUAGAUGCUGAUACACAGUGCACUGUUACACAAGAGAACGCUAGACUAAACCUCACACAACGUUAUUGCACAAGAACUUUCACAUAUGCUGGCAUGCACGUAAGCGACACACAGACCCAGACUUUGUAUUUAAAAUACACAUACACAAGCGCACGCACACACACACACACACACACACUUUUCUAAACAAAUUAGCAGUUAACACAGUCACAGGCGCUUGCAGGUUUCACAUUAGUUAUACAUAAACAAGUGUAGAAGCAAACAUGUAAGCGACACCUCAAACACAAUCUAAACACAGGACCACAAAUGUAAAGGGUUUUUUUUCUGCCAUGUUGACAGCAUGUUUCUAUUCUGUUCUGAGUGUUUUGUAAUCAACAGGCAUGCGGACCAAGUCUCCCAAUCUAUCUCCAUACAGUAUAAGGUGCCUAAUGAUGGAUAUUAAUAUGAUAUUGAUAUCAUGAUGAGUAUAUACAAUAAACCGAUUAAUCUUCAUGUA